UUGAGGAAGCUAGUUGUUCGACUUUUGUCUCAAACAUCAUCUUCUUCUGGAUGUGAGCGGAACUGGAGUGUGUUUGACCAAAUUCAUAGUAAGCGGAGGAAUCGAUUGGAGAAUCAAAUAUUGAAUGAUCUUGUUUAUGUGACUUACAAUUUGAGGUUGAAGAAUAGGUGCUUGAAGAAGGAGUGGGCGAAAGACCCAAUUGAUUAU